UGUUCACUGAGCAGAAUGACAGUCCGUAAAAUAUACGGUACAGAUCUGCGAAGUUUAUGUUGACUGCUUUAAUGAACGCCCCUCGCGAAAUAGACUUUAGUAGGUCAAACACGAUGGACGAGGACAGUUGACGUUAGGGGGCUCCUCUUAAAAAACAAAAAACAAAAAAAAACAAAAAAAAUGCUUUAGUGUCAUUGUGUGAAGCUGUUUGGCGAAUGGGCGUCAGGGCUACAGUGAAAGUAACGGUGGGCACGAUGGCGGAGCGGGCCACCGGUGGCGCCUCGGCCGCCAUCUCUCCAGUGCAGCAGAUGCUGGCCUCUGGCACUGGCGCCCUCCUCACGUCCGUUUUUGUCACACCUCUGGAUGUGGUGAAGAUCAGGCUGCAGGCCCAGCAGAGCCCCCUCCAUCAAGCUUUAACUAGCAAUGCCGCUUCCUGGGCUGGUGUCACCCGCCCCUCUAAGUGGAAGUGCUUCCUGUAUUGUAACGGGUUGAUGGAUCACAUCUACGUGUGCCAGAAUAGAAGCAGCUGCACCAGCUGGUACAAGCGACAAACUCAUUUCAGCGGCACCUUGGAUGCUUUUGUAAAAAUCUACCGCCAUGAAGGGCUCAAGUCUCUGUGGAGUGGACUCCCACCCACACUCGUCAUGGCCGUUCCCGCCACCAUCAUCUACUUCACCUGCUACGACCAGCUGCGGGACUUCCUGCGCUUCAGCAUGGGUUUCCACGGCAACCACAUCCCGUUCCUGGCCGGGGGUAUCGCCAGAUUGGGUGCCGUGACAGUCAUCAGUCCUCUGGAGCUGAUUCGGACCAAGAUGCAGUCCCGCCGCCUCACGUACGGUGAGCUGCGCAUUUGCAUUGGCAGCGCCGUGGCCCAGGGGGGCCUGGUGUCACUGUGGCGCGGCUGGGGGCCCACCGUGCUGAGAGAUGUGCCCUUCUCUGCCAUUUACUGGUUCAACUACGAGGUGGUGAAAGCCCAACUGUGUCGACGAUCCCAAAUCACCCAGGCCAACGUCACCAUCAGCUUCACCGCAGGCGCUGCCUCAGGAGCGAUCGCCGCCAUCUUGACGCUGCCCUUCGACGUGGUGAAGACUCGCAGACAGAUCCAGCUGGGAGAGAUGGACACGCUAGGAACCCCGUUAAAGAAGACUGCGUCCACGUGGCGCAUCAUGAGAGACAUCUGGAGCGAGGUGGGCUAUCGGGGGCUCUUUGCAGGUUUCGUGCCCAGGGUGAUCAAAGUGGCGCCGGCCUGUGCAAUCAUGAUAAGCACCUACGAGUUCGGAAAAACCUUCUUCCAGAAAGUCAACCGUGAUCGUGAGCCUGCGGCGUUCUGACGGGACUUUGGGGAACUCCCGAGGAGCAUUUUUUUAUGUUCGCCAUUUUGUCAAAUCGGAGCAAGUUUAUGAUCAAACUGAAGUGGUGUUUUUAUUUUUUUAAUAAGUGCAAUUAAGGCUUUAGUAAACCCGUGUUCACCGACAGGCAGAGUUCUGAACCCCAUUCCACUAAUUAGCAUUACAUCUUGUGUUUCUGGACAAGUCAUUGGUUGAACUACUCUAUCGACAACAUCCGUGAUUCAUUUUAAUAACAGUCACAAGGCUCAGGCUGUGUGGCAAUGAUGAAAGACUGCAUGGGCACAGAUGCAUGAUCACUUUCCGGAAGAUGCAUGGACGCUAAUUAAUUCAUUGAGUGCUCCGCAGAAGCUGGAAAAAAAAACAUUUUGGACUCAACAUUUUGUAUGCAAGACAAGAACUUACUCCUACAUUUCAACUCAUUAUGCCGUUUAAAUGCUUGCUUCCCUUCCAUUUUCAUAUGUGGCGCAAAGCCAUAGGAUAUCAUAGGAUCCUCGCAAGAAAAUGGACUUCUGCUGUAUAUUAUAACGCAAGCGCGAGACACCCUCACAGCUUAUAAAAAAGAUUGCAAUUUUCAAACAUGCCAAGUCCUGGUGGUUGGUGUCAAAUCCUUAAAAUCUUUCAGAGGUUUGUUUAAGGAAUAUGUGACCUCUCUGUGUCAUAAAGUAUAAUUAUGUUGCUUUAAGAUGGAAUGUUUCCAUCCUUCCAUUUUCUCUGCUUAUCUUCCUUCACUUGGGUCGCGGGCGUGCCGGCGCCUAUCCCGGCUAUCUUCGGGCGAGAGGCGGGGUACGCCCUGAACUGGUCUGCAGCCAAUCACAGGGCACACAUAGACAAACAACCAUUCACAUCUACGGGCAAUUUAGAGUCUUCAAUUAACCUAACAUGCAAAAAUUGUGUUAAAAAAACAACAACAAAACAAGUUCAAACCACCGAAUUAUAGGAUGCACAGUUUGGACAUUUAAUUCAACAGUUCUUUCACGCACUAAGAGAAUAAGCCCACGUACCACACUUUGAGAACCACUGCCCUAGGAUAUUGCCUGAGCACAAAAAUGCAAUGUUUUAUUUUUCGAAUCAUGCAAUUUUAAACUCACAACAAAAUCUUAAUUCAACACAGAAUACAUUUGAAUGACAACCAUAUGUAAGCUAUCUUUGGACGAGAGGCGGGG